GACAUGCAAAAAAAAUGAAAAGAAGCUAAACCAUUCGUUCAUCGACGUUGCGAAAAUUUAAUCAUCAGAGAGAUGUGGAGACCGCUCCUACUACUCUCGCUGUUGCUCUGUAACGAUCUCACUAUCGCUAAAGCUACCGAGUCGACUCAGCUGAUUAUCCUCCCGAGUCAACACGGAGAUCGUACGUGCUCAGCUCCGGAUCGGAACCUGAACGACAAGCCGAUCAUCGGGAUCCUGACUCAUCCUGGCGUCGGCACAUUUGACGCUCCUCGUGAUCACUCUCUGAGCUACUACGAGAAGAACGUAUCGUAUAUCGCAGCUUCGUACGUGAAGUUCGCAGAGACGGGUGGAGCUCGUGUGAUCCCGCUCAUCUACAACGAGCCUCAAGAAAGGCUGUUUCAGAAGCUAGAACUGGUCAAUGGUGUGAUAUUCACUGGUGGCUGGGCUAAAGAAGGAUUGUAUUUUGAUAUAGUCCAAAAGAUCUUCGGUAAGGUCUUAGAGAAAAAUGAUGCCGGAGAGCAUUUUCCUGUAUACGCCAUGUGCCUCGGAUUCGAGAUUUUGUCAAUGAUCAUAAGUCAGAGUCGAGACAUUCUUGAAAGGUUUAACUCAGUGUAUUAUGCAUCAAGUCUCCAAUUCAUUGAGAAUGCUAAUAUCGAAGGAACCCUUUUCCAAAGAUUUUCUCCAGAGCUGUUGAAAAAAAUCAGUACAGACUGUUUGGUGUUGCAAAACCAUCAGUUUGGUAUCUCACCAGAUAACUUUCUAGCCAACCCUUCUCUGUCUAGUUUCUUCAGUAUCCUUACAACCAGCGCUGAUAAAGACGGCAAGACUUAUGUUUCAACUAUAAGAUCAAAAAGAUACCCAGUGACUGCCUUCCAGUGGCAUCCAGAGAAAAAUGCAUUUGAGUGGGGAUCAUCUGAAAUUCCACACUCUGAGGACGCAAUCCAGGUGACUCAACACGCAGCAAACUAUCUAGUCAGUGAAGCUAGAAAGUCACUCAACAGACCGUCUCAUGAGGAAGUGCUAAGCAAUCUUAUCUACAACUACAAGCUAACAUACUCUGGAUACAAAGGGAGCGGUAACGACGAGGCUUACAUUUUCACCUAGUUUUCCAAGAUCAAAAUCCCCUUUUAUACUAACAGAGACAUAUGAUUCACAAAGAAUAGUCUCUACACUUUCGUAAGCCUCACGUCCUCUAUAUGAUCUUGCAAAGUGAAGAUCUGAAAACCCAUAAACGCUUCCAUUCCUUGGAUGUCGACUCUUACGACCGUGUUCCUCUCUGUAUUGUAGUACACUAGGUACUGCAACGACGACGAGUACAAGACAAUCUCGUCACUCCGAGUCACUCCAACGAACCGUACAAAGGUGCGUCCAACCACACUCUUCCACACCUCAGGCAACACGAACGUACGCUCCGACCACUCCCCCGUUUCAACAUCUUCCAAAACACGCAACCUAUUACUCUCACAGCUUCCAUCAACAGUUUCUUCAGGCCCAAGCGAAGCUAACUUCCCGUUAAAGUUCACCAUAGGCGCGCUACGAAACGGCCGAGUGUACCCGUCGGUGUCUUUAACGCACCUGAACGUCUCCGACCGAACAUCAAAGCAAACGAUGAUGUAAUCCUUAUCCCCCCAAAACUUCCUCGCUGGAUAAUACAAAACACCGUCGAUGCAAACGUGGUGUACAUGUAAAGAAGGUUCUCUCCUAUGAAACAUUCGAUCUUUCUCCAUGACGAUUCUCCUAGUGUUAACACCGGGUUAAAUCGACUUCCAUAUGUCCCCCAGGUCAUCGACAGCACCUUGUGCUGUUUCCCGACAGGAUCGUACCCGAAGAAGCUUCUCACAUUGAUUCUCCCGACAGGAUCGACAGCACCUUGUGCUGUUUCCCGACAGGAUCGUACCCGAAGAAGCUUCUCACAUUGAUUCUCCGACACGUGCUCCUUUCCGUUUAAACCUCUCUCGAUUCUGAGAAAGACCAAACCUUUGAUCGCAUUGACACUUGCGCGAGAUGAAUGAUCGUAAGGGAUCUUCAAACGGUAGCAGUUUGUGGUUGAAAGAGACGAGUCGAGACUACUGCUCUGAGGCUGCGGCGAGGAGAAGAAGUGGAGAUGUCCGUCCUUGUUGCAGGCGAAUAAUAGCUUCGGGCGAGAUGAUGAUCUCGUCGAGAACAAGUCGGUGAAGUAAGGGAGGCGGAGAUAGGUAGAUUAGCGCUUCGAUAGGCAGCGACAUUUCGCUAAGGAUUUCGUCGGAAGUUUUAAGAGUAUCUCCACGAUCAGAUCAAACGUGAGAGGAUCUGAGCUUUCUUCAGUCUUCUUCGAUCGCUUGUUUGCGUCGGCGACGGCGACGGGGAAAAGGUCCAUGAAAAAUCAGAGAUUGACGUAUUGCGCCUAGAGAGCAAGCCCAUCUAGCAUUAAAUAAGGAUCCUUAUUAGUAAUGAGAUUAAUGGGCCCGAGUACGAGGAUCGCUUAAAAUAUAAUUUUAAUAAUAAUCCGCAACACGUGGACGGUGGAGAUUGGAUUCGCGAA